CGUUUCCGGUCAACAUCGACGUUCUGAACACCUUUUCCGAGCCAGUUCAUGGAGGAAGGCUCAUGGAAUGUGAACAAGCUCUUCAACGGUUUGCUCCUAAAAGUCCUAUAUUUACACGCGUCAUAAUAUUGUUCCCUCACUAUCUUCCCUCUUCGGAGCAGAAAGAAAGCUGAUCAGCUUUACAUGCAGAAAAACCCGUUUCUUCUCUCUUUCAUCUUUUUUAGAUACAGAGUUUGAAAUCAUUGGUUUGAUCGCCUCCGUAUUGGGAAACAUAUUCCCGGGUUUUGGUGGGUUUUUGCAGUUUUUGCGAGACCAGUCUUUGGUUUUGAGAACUUACACAUAUUCGAGUGGAUUCUGAAGUAAUAUUUCUGGGUUUCAGUGGGUUCUAGCUGUUUUAGCUGCAGUAAUCUUGAUUUAGGUUCUAAUCAUGGACGGCGUUGACCACUACAAGGCCAGUGGUAGUUUACGAGGAAGUUUACGGUUACGCAGUUCAUCGGUGUGGAGGAACAAUGCUAUGGAAGUUUUCUCGAGGUCUUCACGAGAGGAAGACGAUGAAGAAGCUCUCAGAUGGGCUGCCCUUGAAAAGCUUCCUACUUUUGAUCGUCUAAGGAAAGGUAUAUUAACCACGUCGAAAGGUGAAGCCAGUGAAAUCGAUAUACAUAAUCUUGGAUCUGAAGAAAGGAAGAAAUUGCUCGAGAGGUUGGUCAAAGUAACCGAAGAGGAUAAUGAGAAGUUGUUGUUGAAGAUCAGGGAUCGAAUUGAUAGAGUUGGAAUUGAUCUUCCAGCAAUUGAAGUCAGAUUUGAGCACCUAAAUGUUGAAGCAGAAGUUCAUGUAGGAGGCAGAGCCUUGCCUUCGUUCUUUAACUUCAUGAUAAGCAUCCUAGAGGGGGGUUUGAAUUAUCUUCACAUUCUUUCAAAUCAAAAGAAGCACAUAACCAUCCUUAAAGAUGUUAGUGGACUCAUCAAGCCUCGCAGAAUGACAUUGCUAUUGGGUCCUCCAAGUUCUGGGAAGACAACACUCUUACUGGCUAUGGCUGGAAAGCUUGACCCGGCUCUAAAGUGUUCAGGGAGGGUGACUUAUAAUGGCCACGGUAUGAAUGAAUUUGUACCCCAGAGAACUGCUGCCUAUAUCAGUCAAUAUGAUCUCCAUAUUGGGGAAAUGACUGUAAGGGAAACCUUGGCCUUCUCUGCGAGGUGCCAAGGGGUUGGAUCACGCUAUGAUAUGUUAGCAGAGUUGUCUAGAAGAGAAAAAGAGGCAAAUAUCAAGCCUGAUCCAGAUAUCGAUGUCUACAUGAAGGCAGCAACAACUGAAGGCCAGGAGGCGAACGUGGUGACAGAUUAUAUAUUAAAGGUUUUGGGUUUAGAAGUGUGUGCUGAUACCAUGGUGGGAGAUGACAUGUUGAGAGGUAUCUCUGGUGGACAAAGGAAGCGUGUUACAACAGGGGAGAUGCUGGUUGGACCAGCAAAGGCACUGUUUAUGGAUGAAAUAUCUACUGGAUUGGACAGCUCGACAACUUUCCAAAUUGUGAAUUCGCUCAGGCAAUAUGUUCACAUUCUUGAUGGAACGGCAGUCAUCUCUCUACUGCAGCCAGCACCAGAGACUUAUGAUCUUUUUGAUGACAUUAUUCUCCUCUCUGAUGGCUACGUUGUCUACCAGGGGCCCCGUGAACAUGUUCUUGAGUUUUUUGAAAUCAUGGGCUUUAAAUGUCCAGAAAGGAAAGGCGUGGCUGACUUCCUGCAAGAGGUGACAUCGAGGAAAGAUCAGGAGCAGUAUUGGGCACGCAAAGAUGAGCCUUACAGUUUUGUCAUGGUUCAGGAAUUUGCUGAGGCAUUCCAAUCAUUCCGUGAGGGAAGGAGAUUAGGAGAUGAACUUGCAGUUCCAUAUGAUAAGAGAAAAAGCCACCCAGCUGCUUUGACAACCAAAAAGUAUGGUGUUGGUAAGAAGGAGCUGUUUAAAGCUUCCUUCUCAAGAGAAUACUUGCUGAUGAAGAGGAACUCGUUCGUAUACAUCUUCAAAGUUGUACAGCUUGCAGUAAUGGCAAUAAUUGCGAUGACACUUUUUCUACGAACCAAGAUGCCUCGUGAAUCAGUAGCAGAUGGAACAGUUUACACUGGUGCUUUGUUCUAUACAGUGAUUAUGAUUAUGUUUAAUGGGAUGUCAGAGCUGUCUAUGACGAUUGUAAAGCUACCUGUUUUUUACAAGCAAAGGGACCUCCUCUUCUAUCCUUCAUGGGUAUAUGCUCUUCCUACAUGGGUCCUCAAAAUCCCAGUAGCGUUCGUGGAAGUUGGUGUUUGGGUAUUCUUGACAUAUUAUGUCAUUGGUUUUGAUCCAUACGUUGGAAGGUUGUUUAAGCAAUACCUUAUGCUAUUACUUGUAAACCAAAUGGCCUCUGGAUUAUUCCGAUUUAUUGCAGCACUGGGUAGGAAUAUGAUUAUUGCUAACACGUUCGGGUCAUUUGCACUGCUCUUGCUUUUUGCGUUGGGUGGUUUUAUCCUCUCCAAAGAUGAUAUAAAGAAAUGGUGGAUAUGGGGCUACUGGAUAUCACCUUUGAUGUACGCGCAAAAUGCAGUAAUGGUUAACGAGUUCCUUGGGAGCAAUUGGAAACAAAACUCAACGGAUCCACUAGGACUUACAGUAUUGAAGUCGCGCGGGUUCUUUACUGAAGCACGUUGGUAUUGGAUAGGCAUAGCGGCAACAGUUGGAUUCAUCUUAUUUUUCAACACCGCUUUCACUAUUUCUCUUGCUUUUCUUAACCCAUUUGGGAAGUCACAGACGGUAAAGUCAGAUGAACCAGAAAGCAAUGAUCAAGGGCAGAAGACCAGAGAAGGUAUACAGUUAACACACACAGGAAACAACUCAAGUCGUCAAGGGUCCUCAUCUGCAAGGACAGAAGCUGCUGUUGAGGGCAGUAAUGGGAAAAGAGGAAUGGUUCUUCCUUUUGAUCAACAUUCAAUCACCUUUGAUGACGUAAUAUAUUCCGUUGACAUGCCACAGGAAAUGAAGAGCCAGGGUGUCCUCGAGGAUAAAUUGGUGCUUCUGAAGGGUGUGAGUGGUGCUUUCAGGCCAGGUGUUCUCACAGCUCUGAUGGGUGUUAGUGGUGCUGGUAAAACAACUCUGAUGGAUGUGCUGGCCGGCAGGAAAACUGGUGGAUAUAUUGAGGGGAACAUCACAAUUUCAGGGUAUCCAAAGAAGCAAGAAACGUUUGCUCGAAUUUCAGGGUAUUGUGAGCAAAAUGACAUUCAUUCUCCUCAUGUUACUGUAUACGAGUCUUUGCUCUACUCAGCAUGGCUGCGCUUAUCCUCUGAAGUUGAUUUAACAAAGAGAAAGAUGUUCAUUGAGGAAGUCAUGGAGCUUGUGGAGCUGAAACCAUUGAGGCAUGCACUCGUUGGGUUGCCUGGUGUGAAUGGUCUCUCUACUGAGCAGCGCAAGAGGCUCACUAUUGCAGUUGAGCUUGUGGCAAACCCCUCCAUAAUAUUCAUGGAUGAGCCAACUUCUGGUCUAGAUGCAAGAGCUGCUGCUAUUGUUAUGAGAACAGUGAGGAACACGGUGGACACAGGAAGAACAGUUGUGUGCACCAUCCAUCAGCCAAGCAUCGACAUAUUUGAAGCUUUUGAUGAGCUUUUCCUAAUGAAGCGUGGAGGACAAGAGAUAUAUGUUGGGCCAUUGGGUCGCCACUCUUCCCAUCUUAUCAAGUAUUUUGAGAGUGUUGAAGGUGUCAAAAAAAUUAAAGAUGGCUAUAAUCCUGCAACUUGGAUGUUGGAAGUUACAGCUUCUGGGGAAGAGAUGGCUUUGGGCGUUGAUUUUACUAAUGUGUAUAAGAACUCAGACCUAUACAGGAGGAACAAAGCACUGAUUAAAGAGUUGAGCAAGCCCACUCCUGGUUCAAAGGACCUCUAUUUUGCAACUCAAUAUUCACAGUCAUUUUUCACUCAAUGCAUGGCUUGCCUAUGGAAACUACGAUGGUCCUAUUGGCGCAACCCACCAUACACUGCCGUAAGAUUUCUCUUCACAGUUUUCAUAGCAAUUACAUUUGGGACAAUGUUCUGGGACCUUGGCUCCAAGAUCAACAAGCAACAAGAUUUGUUUAAUGCCAUGGGUUCCAUGUAUGCUGCUGUUCUCUUCCUGGGCAUCCAAAAUUCUUCAUCCGUGCAGCCCGUUGUGGCUGUUGAACGAACUGUCUUCUACAGAGAAAGAGCUGCAGGAAUGUAUUCAGCCUUGCCAUAUGCAUUUGCACAGGUUGUAAUUGAGCUCCCAUAUGUCUUUGCACAAGCUGCGUUCUAUGGCAUCAUAGUUUAUGCUAUGAUUGGAUUUGAAUGGACCGUUGCCAAAUUCUUUUGGUAUCUAUUUUUCAUGUACUUCACAUUGCUCUACUUCACCUUUUACGGCAUGAUGAGUGUAGCUGUGACACCAAACCACCAUAUUGCCGCUAUAAUAUCCUCUGCGUUUUAUGGAUUAUGGAACCUAUUUUCUGGAUUCAUUGUCCCAAGAACCAGGAUUCCUGUUUGGUGGAGAUGGUACUACUGGGCAUGCCCUGUAUCUUGGACCUUGUAUGGGUUGGUUGUUUCACAAUUUGGAGAUAUAAAGUCGCCGCUUGAGGACUCAAGCACUAAUGAAACAGUGGAAGACUUUGUGAGAAGAUAUUUCGGAUUCAAGCAUGAAUUUCUGGGAGUGGUGGCUGGUAUGGUUGUCUUCUGGACCGUGCUCUUUGCAUUUAUCUUUGCCUUUUCCAUCAAGGCCUUCAAUUUCCAAAGGCGAUAGAAAAUUGUUUUGAUUAUUUUUGUAGUAUGUUCUGGGAUUCAUGCUAACAACUAGCAUGUCCAACUUCUUUUAUUCUUAUUUUUUUUCUCAUCCUCCAACUUCAUGUAUGAUAAGGCACUAUGAGUAUAUGUAUUUCACAUAAAAGAGAGUUGUGGGAUUCUUCAUUUAUCACUAAUUAAUUAAUGUGUCUACUUGGAGAGCUUUGGUUUCU